CAGAGCACGCAUUUCGUAAUAUCCGUUUGGGAUCCUGCAAGACUACAAUAAUAGUUCAUCUCGUAUUUUAUUUAGUCAAUAGCUAACACUCCAACAUAUGGAAGAUGCUGCUCUUUCCAUUGCUUGGUCUCUGUGUAUUCAGUUUAGCAGAUCCAGGGAUCGCUCAAAAUUGGACCGAAGGUGAGGAUGUCUUCAAUGAAACUAGUACAGCUCAAGUAAUCACGUUUCAUGUAAUCCAUGAAGCACUGUCAGGUAUUAAAGACACAUCUACUACAACUACUAAGCAAGCUGUUCAAGAGACAGAGCGAGUCAAGAGCAAUGAAGGGUGCCUGGAGGCAAUAAGCAAGUGUAGCAAUCAAAAUAGUGCGGGACAGGACGAACCCACAGCGUGUAGUGUAUUGACCAAGACGUUGGAUUGCCUGGAAGUGGCCAGGGACAAAUGCGCGAGUGCCGAAGAAGUCCGACUACUCAGUGCGUCCAUAAGCGUCGCCUUAGCGAAGCAGGAGGAGCAGUGCAACUCGUGCGGGUCGUAUGUAGAGGAAUUUAAUUGCGGCGCAAUGAUGAAUGACCUGAACAAAGAAAUUGAGGUGGAUCUCAAGUGCAGUAAAGCUGUUGAAGCCAUGGAGUGCUAUGGUAAAGCGACCAACCAGUGCAUUGCAGACGGCAAAGGGAAAAGCGCGCAGCUCUCAGCGAAUCCGGCGAAAGACACAUACGACCACAUCUGCCGGGAGUGCUUCCACGAGAGAAAGAAGUGCGACAAGAUGAUGCUGAGAGGCUCUCUCACCAAAAGUGACAAGCGCUUGUGUCGAUUGUACUCGAAGGCCAUCGCGUGCUACGACGAGGCCGAAAAGAAAUGCCACAAGUCAGACCAGGUCCGGAAGCUGGACCAGGCGAGGCUGGUGGCCAAAACUGAAUACAACUCCAAGUGCAAUCCUUGUCUACAGGCCAGCAAAGUGUGUCAAGGCCUGUACCAGGCCAGCGUAGCAAAAGUGAACUCUUCUAGCUCGUGCAGUAAGCUCCCCCAAGCCAUCAGCUGUUUUGAUCGUGUCAUCAAGACGUUAUGUGCCAAAGACAAAGAGAAGAGUUCUCUAGAAGUUUCCAAGAGUGUGUCAGUCUCACAGUUUGAAUUAUUGUGUCUCAGUCAAACAGACACAAGAAAAACAAAAGGCUCGAAACGAAAAGAAGUAGAACUCUCAACACUGACAACCAGGAGCUCCGGCUACAAGUGUAUCAACGACGGCAUGCUGUGCCACAACCAGUCCAAACCACUGAUCAGUGAAGCGAACAUUACCAAGACACUCUGCAUGAGACUUAAUGAGACCAGGCAAUGUUUCACUGCAGCCAUGACCAAAUGUCUGACAGCUGAAGAGGUGAACGUCUUGGACAGCCUCCUGCUUAGAGUGGAUCAAAAGUUCUUUUUAAACUGCAGACAGUUGGACGGGCAAGACAACUUAGGACUCGGAUCUCUUGUCUCGGCCGAUUUAUCAGCGCUUUCUGAUACAGGCAUUGAAAAAAAUAUUGGGUCUUUCGACAGCUGCUCAACUGUAAGAGCUGAGAUCACCCUCCUAGUUCUGCCAGUCCUCUUAGUUUGGAUCAACUAAAAAACUCACUCGGCGAAAAGAAACGAAACUUUGUAUCGCUGUUUUCUUUCGUUAUAUAGUUCGCUUUUUUAAAAACACCAUUUGCUUGGAAGAUACUAGACAAAAUUAUAAAGGCAUGUAGGAUAGUGGCAUAGUCGGAACAACAUAAUUUUGAGAUUGGGGGUGCUGCAGCAGUGCAAUUGGGAAUUAUUUAUUUUUUUACAUUGUAAUUUUAACAUAUUCAAGCAAGCGUAGAUGUCCAAGUAAGUCUCUCCCUCUCUCCUUACAUCUCUCUCUCUCUACGUAUAUAUAUAAAAUGUAGUGACUAUCAGGAAAUAGUCUAGAUAAAAGAAAUGUAAAGCUUUACAUUUUUAAUCCCAUUAAAGCACUUGCAGUCUUACUCAGUCUGUAGAGAAAAAAAAAAGCAAACUUGUUUCUCAAGGAAAUUAUUUCUAUUUUAUAAAUUCAAAAGAAAAAAAUGCUGGCAUAUAUUUUAAAAAAAUAUUUCACAAUUGAUACAAAUAUUAUAUUUUAAUGUGCACCAGUAGGAUAAAUUUUCCUUCGGCCACUUUAUAUGAGAAUGUACGCGGGCUUGGUUAAUGUUUGUAUUCAUUAUAAUCGCUGCAGUCUUGCCAUCAGUUUCAAAUAUUUAUUAGUCCAUAUGUGUUAUAAUAAUUCUAUAGAUGUACAUUUAUGGUUUAAGAUAUUGACGGAAUCAGUGCUGGUCCCUCCAAGACUUCUUAUCUUAGCAUGUUAGAAUAUUUUUUUAAUGAACGUAGGGCCUUUCGUCACAGAGAGGGGGGGUGGGGGGUUACACAGUUCUGUUACCACGAAGAGAGGGCGGUGACAAAAAUAUGUCGCCAUGAAGAGAGGGUGGUGUCAGAGAUCCAUGGAAAAAGUGACAGAAAUCCGUUACAAUAGAGAAAAUUGCCAUGCAUUGUGUGAACUUUAGUCGAGUAUUGGCUCUCAAGACAUAUCUAACAAAAAUGUGCUGCUAUCAGGGUCAGUAACUCCUGAAUAAGUCUACCCCACAAUCGUUUCCCACUUAGAAGCAAAAGCGUCUUUCUAUUUUUAUCUGCAACCACGUGACUUAAAUGUCAGCUACCAUCAUGGCUACCAUCAUGACAACUAACUUUCGAGUAUCAAUCACCUAAGUCGAUUAAUUGUCACCUGGAACGUUGAACCCAAGAAAUGUCACUUAGUGUAGUUAUGUUUUAGAAAUACGUAGUCACAGCUUGCUCAAAUAGUUUCUUAUUCUUGCUUUUUUCUUGCACUGGAAGAAUGUUUUUGUAGUGAGUUUUAUAAAUACACCUGAAACACUGUUUAGUAAUUAAGAACUUCAGUAUAUUAAGGUCAUUGUACAAGUUUCUAUUGACAAUAAAAUACGAGAACAAAAUGUA